GGCCAUUGCACACUAGUAUCGUCAAAGCUGGCCGCAUUUUUUGUGUAUUCUCGUCGUCAAAAGCACAGUACAUAAAACUGUGUUAUCAAAAGAUGGUAUGCUUUGGCGCAACCCGGUAAACGAAUACUGCGAAAAGUCGAUCUUUUCGAUUGAUUUCCUUGUGCCGCAAAAACAAAUAUAUGCGAGUGGUGGUAGUUAAGAGGGAGUGUGAGAGAAAUUCGCCCCAAUUUUCUACUUUUUUAAUACUGUAGCAAGCCUCUCUUUCCUUAUACCCUUGAUUGUGUCAAACACUUUAACAAACCAAUAUGAAGCGACGUUCCACACCGAGUCUCCAUCACCGUCAACGUCGCGGAAGCUACACAACGGAUGACGAGGACCCACUUGGCCGAAUGUCUGAUCUCGAAAGCGACAGCCAUACCAACCAUAGCAGUAUUCGGGAGUUCCCACCACUGUUACGACGAAGGCGAUCGUCUUCUGCUUCAUUGACAGCAUCUCCUUCAUCGUCUUCACAGAAAAUGAGCAUUGAUUCCGACGACAAUCGGUCGGUAUCUUCUAUAUCUGCAGGUGGUGGUAUGGGUGGUGGUAGUAACAGUAUCAGCCGCCUUCUUUCUCCCACCUCCUCUUUUUCUUCUUCCUCACGACCGCUCUAUUAUCCGCUCCAGGAUACCAUGCCACCGCCGCAACCUUCUUCACGGCGCUUAACUCGCUCUCUUUCUUCUGAACUUGCUUCAAGCACCUGGUCUCCUGGCACGCCUUCUUCACGACUUCAUCAACACCAGAAUCAUCAUCAUCAUCACCACCACCAACAACAACAACAACAAGAACAACCAUCAUCAUCAUCCUCUUCACAGCAACCUCCACAGCCAGAUUUUGGUAUGGAUGAAAUCAUGGUAGAUCCUACAGCAUCCAACGCUUCUCCUUCUUCUUCGUCCUCUUUGACUGAUGGGAGGAAAUUUAUUGCCCCUUCCAUCCCUCCGUUGUCUUCUGUUCGACCAGACAUAGUUCGACGAUCAUCCUCAACAGAGCGGAUAUCGCAUCACCAUCACCAUCGACACCAUCAUCGGUCAGCAAGCAGCAGUAGCGCUGAAGCCAGUGGAAGUGGUAGCGGCAGCGGCAGUCCUCUGAAACGCAGCGAUCCUGAGCGGAGGAGCGUUACCCGAAGAAGUUCUCUAUUACCACGAUCCAAGGCGUUGGCCAGAGUUAUGAGUCAAGCAGAUGAGGAAACAAGGCCUGCCGAUGUAGAAAUGCGUAGGGAGCGGGACAUGACAAACCAGAUAAAGGCACGACUGGGCAGAAUGUCAAUGGAUACGGAUUUAUCUGCUAAUGCCAGUGGCAGUGGCAGUAGUAGUAGCAGUAACGAUGCCAAACCAAUUGCAUCAGGAUCGGUUCCUGCCGUGGCUUGGGCUCGCAUCAGGGAUCCUGAAGGCUCUCCUACUAUGGCACCGUAUCAUGCAUCCAAGCUCAACCCAGAGAUGGAAAUGACUAAUUUUCAAUGUGAUAACCUCCCAUCCCCUAUCCAUCAGACAUAUAAGAGCAUUAAACGAAAAGCUUCUGAGGAUCGGUUUGAACCUUAUCCGACAAGCAGUUUGAAACGAAGAGCCGUAUCGCCGUCUGUUUCCGCUUCAGGGUCACCUGUAUUAUCUGCAAUAUCCAGUCCUCCUUACUCGUUUUAUGGGAGUAGCCCAACAAGCAACGCGGCUGCACGUGCCCAGCAAAAACCGGGCCAGUUGUCGUCAUCGUCGUUCAAUUUGCAGGAUGCAAGUGGCGGUCUCAGUAGGAUGUCGUUGAGCGAAUGAAAGUUGCUUCUGUUCGAUUGUUUGUGUUUAUAUAUCCAGUUUUCUUUAAAUCUUCCCACACCUGUUCUCUUUGUUUUCACCACUGCAAUCUA